GUGUCGGCAAACUCUGUUCAUUCGUUAAACUUUCUCUUUCGCGUCUGUCGUAAAUAAAAAUUGUUUACACUAAAAUUAAACUCAUAAUAAUCAAGUUUGUCAUUCAAAAUCGACCACUACAAUUUAUAUUUAAAAAUAUAUGCGUGAAUUAGUGGAUUACCACGAAAGUGACUGUGCUCAAUGGAAAAUAAUAACAAUGCGAAAUCUGUGAUUGUAUUUUAAAGGCACCUUUUGGUGUGUUAAAUUGAAUUACUUUGAUGUAAAGAGAUUAACAAACGUUUUCGCGACAUGGGAAAAGAUUACGGGGAGCCGUUAAAAUACGACCCGCACUUCAACGGGCCCAUCCACAAUCGUUCCUGCACGGACAUAAUAUGGCUAAUAGUGUUCAUUCUCUUCCUUGGAGCUUGGGGAUACGUGGGAUAUGUGGGUAUGACUCAGGGCAGUGUAAAGAAAAUACUUGCGCCAGUCGAUUCAAACGGAAAACGUUGCGGACUUGACUCUAACGUCGAACACAAACCGUAUUUAGUCUUCUUCGAUAUAUCAAAAUGUCUGUCACCCGGGACACCUAUAACUGGUUGUCCUACCCAACAGGUAUGCGUAAAAAAAUGUCCAUCGAAAACUCACGUAUUUAACGUGGAAAUUACAAACACAGCCUCUCUCGACGCCUUAAGGUCGGAAAUCAUCUGCACUGACGACAUCAAUGUCCAGAAAAUGACACUGAAGGAAGCCAAACAUAAUAUGAAUAUAGGGAAAUGUACAUCUUACGUCUUAAAAAGUCAGCCAGUGUUGUUCCGUUGCAUCGGGGACCUGUCCACUCUACCGUGCAAUAAGGAGUCGCCAAAGCCCGACUCUCCAUGGGCACAAACUGAGAAGGACAACCAGAUCUGCUUCCGAAACGCUAAAGAGACUACGGAGACUUUGCUGAACAGAGCUACAGCUUUGGAUUCCUAUGUCGGCUGGAUAUCAGCAAGUUGGGUGACGUACUUCACUAGAGGCGCCAACGAACGCGACACACACAUACUAUCAGCCCAAAUAGUCCAGGACCUGGUGCAAUCCCGCUGGUACAUGUUAGGAGCUUUGGUGGUCGUGGUAAUCAUCUGUUUCAUCUACAUAUUGCUGCUACGAUGGGUGGUCGCACCUGUGGUCUGGACGUCUAUCGUGGGGCUCUUUGCUCUGCUUGGAUUCUCGUUAUACUUGGUAUACAAGAACUAUGAAUACUACCGCGCCCAUCCUGUAAGUUUACAACAGACAACCAACCUCAAAGGUUAUGCGGAGUCCUGGCUAACCAAAGCGAGUACCUGGAUGGUGAUACUUAUUAUUCUGGCCAUCGUCACGUUGCUGCUAUUGUUAAUAAUCAUCUUUCUACGAAGUAGAAUCGUCGUUGCCAUAGCACUCAUAAGAGAGGGAAGCAAAGCCGUCACUGCUAUAAAAUCCACGGUAAUCUUCCCCAUAUUUCCAUGGCUCGUACAAUGCGCAGUAAUUGCAUACGGCGUCGUGGUACUGAUGUACUUGCUGUCUAUUGGAAAACCAGUCUUCAGUGUCGUGAAUCUCGAGAGCGACCCUGACUGUGAUUGUAAUGGGCAUUACACAAAAGACCAGGAAGCAUGCGACCCGGUCACGUUUUCGACAUACUGCCACGACAGGACCGCCUCGAGUGGGAUACCGGGAUUUGCAGUGGCCCCCUGCCGCAACGCCACUUGCCACUUCGCCGGCCUCGAAAAUGAGAAUAUGCUCGUAUAUCUUUAUCACUUUAUAAAUCUCCUUGGAUUCUUCUGGACGAUGUUUUUCAUCAGCGGCGUGGCAGACAUGAUGCUUGCAAGUACCUUUUCCACUUGGUACUGGACUUUCCAUAAGCGAGACUUACCUUUCUUCACUCUGACUUCUGGUAUUUAUAGAACACUUCGUUAUCAUUUGGGUACAGUCGCUUUCGGAGCACUUAUCAUUGCAAUUGUGCGAGUUAUUCGCGUCAUCUUAGAGUACAUCGACCACAAGUUGAAGAAGUUCGACAAUCCCUUCACACGAUGCGUGAUGUGCUUCUGCAAAUGCUGCUUCUGGUGUCUCGAAGGUUUCCUCAAGUUUAUUAAUAAGAACGCCUACAUUAUGUGCGCCGUUCAUGGAAAGAGUUUCUGUACCAGCGCUAGAGACGCCUUCUCUUUGCUCAUGAGGAAUAUUGUCAGGGUUGUCGUCCUAGAUAAGGUGAUGGACUUCAUCUUCUUCCUAUCAAAAUUGCUGAUUUCAAUCGGCAUAGGCUUCGCCGUGUACUACCUUCUGCAAUGGAACUAUGUGUACGAGGUGACAAAGGGCGAGCGCUUGCACUACAGCUACGUGCCAGCUGUAAUCCUUAGUAUCGCUACGUAUCUUGUGUGCACCAUAUUCUUCAACGUGUACGCUAUGGCUGUUGAUACGUUGUUUCUUUGCUUUUUGGAAGACUGCGAAAGAAACGACGGGUCCAACGAUAAGCCUUACUUUAUGUCUACGAAUCUUAUGAAAAUACUGGGGAAAAAGAACAAGAGAUUUAAGCCACAUUAAGCUAAACAAAAGAAAACAAGUGCCAAAUACGACAAACAUCAAACGUGCUACAAAGAGUUGUGAGAUUUGUUAGUUCUAGAUCGUCACAAAUCAAAACAUUUUAGAAUUUUGUCUUAAAAAAACAAACACAAACAAAUCGGGAAAUUGAUAUAUAAUUCAUUAGGAAUAUUCAAAUGAUUAUCACUAUAUGUAUAGUUACCAAGUUUCGAACUAUAAUAGAACUCAUUAUUUUCCCGAUAUUUCGACCGAAGAAUUCAUACGUGAUAAAUCAUUUAGUAAAUAACCACUAAAGUCUAAUGUACGUAUGAAUUAUAUUAAUAAUGACUCAUUUAUUAUUGAACGUUGCAACUUUCUUAAUUGGAAAUUGUGUAUUUUUACAUAAGCAGAUUUUAAAAGUCUUGCAAACGGUCAAUUUUAAGUCAUCACAUUAGGGUGGUCAUUUGUAAUUCUUUCAAUUUAGUGUCGUGAUAUUCUGGGACCUACAUAUAACUUCCACUAAAAAUACUUAAGUAAUAAAAAUAUUAUUGUAUAAA